UUCUUUAUAUAUGAAUUCAUUUAUCAAAAACUCAAGAGAAAAUUAAAGGGAAGGUAAAAAAAUGGAACCAUCAAAUAAUGAGAUUUUAGAUGCUCCACUUCAUGAAAUUGGCUUUAAGAUCUCAGAAAUCUCCUCUCAAAAAAUCACAGGCCAGUUUUUGGUGUCCGAAAAAUGCUGCAAUCCGUUCAAGGUGUUGCAUGGCGGAGUUUCAGCAUUAAUUGCUGAAUCUCUAGCGAGCAUGAGCGCCCAUAUGGCGUCCGGAUUCCAAAGAGUGGCCGGAGUUCACUUAAGUAUUCACCAUCUCAAGAGUGCUCAUCUUGGUGAAAUUGUUUUUGUUGAAGCUACACCUCUUAAUAUUGGAAAAUCUAUUCAUGUUUGGGAAGUGAAAUUAUGGAAAAGUGAUAAUUCUUCGAAAUUGGGAGAUAGAAUUUUGAUUUCAUCAUCUAGAGUUACUGUCAAGACUAAUAUGGUUGUACCAGAAAAUGUCAAAGAUGCUGCUGUGAAUCUCAAGAAAUAUGCCAGGUUAUGAUUAGGUCCCCGGGCAGAACAAAACAGAUGCGCAUCUAAGAUUUAAAUUUUGAUGAAGUCAAGUUUAAAAUUUUUUAGUAAGAAUUUGUCUUACUUUUGAAAUUAUGAAUUCAAAUUUUGAAAUUUAUUAGUUGUAUGUCUUUUCCUUUUCCUUUGUCUUCCUCAAUUCGAUAACAUUAGUGUUAGUUUAUUGUUCCUUUA